AUGGAAGACAUUUCAAAUAUAAUUGAAGACCAACGUGGGUUAUUAGACAAUUUAAAACGAACAUCUAAGAGGUUUGAUAGUAAAUCUAGGGUUCUAAAGACACGAGGUUAUGUUCAAACCAUUUUGGAAGCUAUAGAAUCAGUAUGUCAGCAGUUUACAGAUACACACUACCAUCUUAUUAGUUUAAUUCGAGAAAGGUCCAUUAGGUCAGAUGAGGUACCCUAUUUUUCUGAGGAAAUUUUUGAGGAAUUCCAAGAUUUCUUUCAAAUGUUUAAAGGAAGAUUGCUAGAUAUUAAUGCUGAGACUCAGCAACCUCAUUCGCCUAUAUUUCACUCAAGCACAUUUCACGCAUCAACAUCUAGGCAAAAUACGACAAUACCAGCUGAAGCACGAUUGCCCAAAAUUGAUAUACCGAACUUUUCUGGAGACUACCUGUCUUGGAUCUCAUAUAGAGAUAUGUUCGUAUCAUUAGUACAUAGUAAUGUGUCACUAUCAAAGAUACAGAAAUAUUAUUUCCUUAAGGGUUCUUGCUCUGGUACUCCACUAGACAUUGUUAAUGAAUAUCCAGCUUCUGAGGAAAAUUACGACUUAGCAUGGGAUGCUCUUAAUAUGCGUUAUCACAAUCAUAGGAAAAUUGUUAGCACUCUAUUAUCUAAACUGUUCUCAAUUCCGAAUUCCAAUGGUACUGCCGAAAGUAUACAGAAUAUUUUGGAUACAACACGCAAUUGUUUAGCUCUACUAAAUACUUUAGGAGUCACAAAGGAAACCUAUGAUGCAAUUAUAAUACACAUCACAGUUAAUCGCCUUGACGUUCAAACAAGAAAGGAGUGGGAACAGUCGCUUAAAGCCACAGUAGAAAUUCCUAAGAUCAGCGAACUUUUUAGUUUUUUGGAAACAUCGUUUAGGACACUUGAAUCUCUCGCUGAACCUACUCAGUCAAUUUCGCGUGUAAAGACAUACCCAAACUCUAGAAAUAAUUUUCGUAGAAAUAUCCAUAUAACAACUUCGAACGAUGAUAGCAAUUGCCCAUGCUGCAACAGACGUCAUUUCUUAUACAAAUGUUUUAAAUUUAUAUCUAUGGCAUCGAACGAAAAACGUGAACUUAUGAAAACCAAACGAAUUUGUCAUAAUUGUUUGAAUGUUGGUCACUUUAGUCGCGAAUGCCGCUCAACAGCUCGUUGCCAGACAUGCCAACAAAAACACCACACCAUAGUUCAUAAUGAAUUUACAACAUCAGCGUCUACGGACCAAAUAUCGUCUAAUAGAUCAGAGACAACAGAGAACUCUUCCAAUAUUGCAAUACACUGUAGUGCACUCGCAAAACCUCAAGUUUUAUUAGCUACAAUGCGAGUUAGUGUUAAAACAUACUAUGGAACUUUUUCCCUCAGGGCAAUGUUAGACCACUGUGCCCAAGACACACUUAUUACUGAAAAUGCAUCACAAACUUUAAGAUUACAGUCAUUUAAAACAUUUGCUCAAAUUAGUGGAGUUUGUAAAAAUAAAUCUAUUACUACUCAUAAAUAUGUAAAUUUAGUACUGCAAUCUAGAACAGAACCUAGUUUUGAAUUGAAAUGUAGUGCUCUUGUUGUACCGUCCAUCACACAUUACCAACCUAUACCAACAAAUAAGGGAAAACUUCCAAAUAUCGAUAAUUUUCAAUUAGCUGACCCAGAAUUCUUAAAUCCUGGAGAAAUUGAUUUACUACUGGGUGGAGAUGUUUAUGGUGAGAUAAUUUUACCCGAUCAAAAGAAAUUUGAAAAUAGUAUUUUCUUACAGUACACCCACUUUGGUUGGAUUGUAUCUGGACCCACUUCUAAAUUCGUUUAUAGUGACCUCAUUAAUGUGAAUAUUUGCUCAUUAGAAGAACAAUUAAAGGCCUUCUGGCUUCAAGAAGAAUUACUGGAAAAGAGAAAGAGGACAGAAGAAGAAGAACUUUGUGAAAGAUAUUUUAAAGCAACAACAACAAGAGAUAACACGGGUCGAUACAAAGUUUCUUUGCCGUUUAAAAAUAUAAUUAAAGGUGAACCAAUGCCAAUAUUUAGUAUGACUGAUUAUAGCGCACUUUCACGAUUGAAAAAUAUAGAAGCAAAAUGUAAACAAAAUCCUAAAUUUGGGGACGCUUAUUAUAAAUUUAUGACUGAAUAUGAAAACUUAGAUCACAUGAAAGCGGUUGGUGUAUAUCCCAAUGAUUUGGAAAGAAAUUGCUACUUUUUACCACACCAUGGAGUUUGGAGGGAAAGUAGUUCCACAACAAAAUUAAGAGUGGUGUUUGACGGUAGCGCUAAAAAUUGUACAAAAUCAUCAUUAAAUGAUGAAUUGGCUGCAGGGCCAGCACUUCAAAAUGAUUUACCUACUACUGUUAUACGUUGGAGACGUUUUAAAGUUGGCUUUCGAUCAGACUUAGAAAAAAUGUUUCGCCAAAUUAAUGUUAUAAAUGACCACCAAAAGUACCAACAAAUAUUGUGGCGUAAAAAUACAAAUAGUGAUAUCAAUAUCUACAAAUUAUCGACAGUUACCUACGGUACAACUUCUGCCCCUUUUCUGUCUAUGAGAGUACUGCAUCAAUUAGCAGAAGAUGAGAUUGAAAAUUAUCCAACAGCAAGUAAAGUGCUCAUCUCUGAUACUUACGUUGAUGAUAUAAUUUCAGGUGCUGAUAAUUACGAUGAAGCUAUUCUGCUACAACAACAGUUGUCCAAAAUGUUAAAAAAGGGCGGUUUUACGCUAAGAAAGUGGAUCUCUAAUGACAGACAAUUUAUUAGUAGUAUACCUAUUGAAUAUAGAGAGAUUAAGGACGUAUUUGAAAUAGAUAAAACCGACAGUGUUAAAGCUCUUGGUCUGGAAUGGAAUGUCACCACAGACUCCUUCUCUUUUAAAGUUAACUUUAAGCGUAAUGAUACAGUAACCAAAAGAAGUAUACUUUCUGAUGCUGCAAAAUUAUAUGAUCCGUUAGGGUGGCUGUCCCCAUCAACAAUUAAGGCAAAGAUAAUGUUUCAAAGGCUGUGGUUGUUAGGAGUAGACUGGAAUGACCCCCUUCCUAAACAUAUAGUAUCCGAAUGGCUAACAUAUAUGGAAAAUUUAAAAGGAUUAGAAAUUAUUAAAAUACCUAGAUGGAUCGGAUUAGUUAAAACAGCUAAACUUGAGCUACACGCAUUUAGUGAUGCGUCCACAUUAGCGUUUUCAGCCGUAGUUUAUUCUAAAGUUACUGAUGUUGAAGGUAAUUCCGUAAUAAGUCUCCUACAAGCUAAAACAAAAGUAAGUCCUCUUAAAAGACUAUCUAUUCCAAGGCUAGAAUUAUGUGGCGCUACACUUUUAGUCAAGUUAGUUAAUAAAAUCCACACAAAAUUUGAACAUAAAAUUGAUAAUAUCACUUAUUGGACUGACAAUACAACCGUUUUAUGCUGGAUAAGAGGUCAAUCUUCGAAAUGGACAGUUUACGUUGGUAAUAGAGUAGCUGAUAUUCAAAGGUUUUCAAACGCAGAGCAGUGGAAAUAUAUAGCAUCCAAUGAGAAUCCUGCCGAUUGUGCGUCCAGAGGCAUACUCCCAAGCGAUCUUGCUAAAAAUGAUAUGUGA